CCCCGGGCAAUAGGGGAUCAUGGGGCCCCUGUGUCCUUGCCCAAACUCAAAAAAGCCUAUGAAAAAGGUACCAGGGGCAUCUCAUGGGGCCCCCUACUGACCCCGGGCCCUCGGGCAGUGCCCGAGUUUCCAAAUGGUCAGUCCGCCCCUGCCCAUGAGGCAUUGCAAGGCUGACAGUUACAAGCAUGACUCCCAAAAGCAGAGGCAUGAUGGGACUUGUGGUUUCUCAACAGCUGGAGGGCCGCAGUUUGACACGUGCUCUAGAGUAUCAUCUUUCAGAAAAUAUAAUAUUUAUAAUGUGUGUGUAAUCUUCAGGCCUAAAAUGAUUUUUUAAACAUGUUUGUAAAA